AUGCCAAAAAACGAUACAGAUGAUGUACUUGACUUCAUAAAUUCGCUUCCAGAUUCCAAAUCUGGCACGCCACGGCCCGUAAAUGGCCAAGAAGAAAAGGGGGAAGAUCUUCUUGAGUUUUUAGACGAAUUGGCGGCUCAGGAUAAGCCCAAGAACCCCACCAAAUCCAAGUCUUUUGAGCCAAAAAAGAAGGAAGAUGAGCCUAAGGGUAGGGAAGCAAGCAACAAAUUGGAAAAGCAAGAAAAACCAAAGAAAAUUGCUGAAAAACCAUCAGUUUCUGAUUCAAACAACCCAAGUGAUUCCACCAAAGUUGACACCAAAGUCGAUGAUGGCAACUCGGAAACGCCAGAAAUCAUUGGUUCCAUCACCAACUGGUGGUCUACUGAAGGGUCGCUGAAGGUUUCACUGUUCUGGGGAUCACUCACGUCCAACGCAGAAAAGCUUGGUGAACAAACCUACCAAUUAGCAUCAACCACUACAAACCAAAUUAACCAACAGAGGCAACGACUUUUGAGCGAGCUGGGAAUUGACCCGAAUACCAACAUCGUGGGUCUCACAUCUCGUCUAAACUCGGCUCUUGUGUCUAUGUCUCAGCAAAUAGCCCAGGGGCUUGCUGGUGAGAGCGACGAGCUUUUGAAUGUUCUUUUGAUUCAUGACUUGUAUAAUAUAAAGUACUUGGACCGGUUGUGCCAGGACAAGUUCUCGCAUGUGACAGGGCAGGUUGAAGGUGGUAUUAAGGUGAAUGUGAGCAACUUUAACCAUCGCGACGAUGCUUCGAAAACCGACUUCAAUAUGUUUUACGGCAAGAUUAUCGAUGGGGAAAAGCUCUGUUUUGCUAAUCUCGAGUCGAGCAUCAAAGAUUAUGUCAAAGUCAUGAAGGUGGACGAAGAAGCACGCAAGAACGUCAAGGAAGAGGAGGAAUCUACACGGAAGAAGGAAGAUGGAAAUGCGAAUGAAAAUGACGAAAUUACUAACGAAGCGCCCACAGUUAAUUCUUCCAACAUUUUCAUCUCCAUCCAGCCCAUAAGCAGCGGAUCGGCAUCUGAAUCCGAUGAAAAGAAAGAGGGCCCUAUUUUGAUCGAGGCUAAUAAUAGCGACUCGUUUCUGUUCACUUUAAUCUUAAAGGACAUCACCAACGACAUUACAAUCAUCACCAAAACCCAACCUUUCCCUCUUAGAUGGAGCAGGUGGGUAUGUGGAGAAUUUCAAGAGUUUGCCGAUCUCGAAGAAAUCGACCCCAGCGAGUGGGUCAAAGACUGGAUUGGCGACGGGCUCGCGUUGGCUUUCGGGGUGUUGGCACAGGAGUAUGUGGUGAAAAGAAUGGGGUAUUGA